AUGAUCGGGUCGGAUCUCAGCAGACGCCUCAAGCGACUCUGCCGGCAAUAUGCUGCACAAGUACCCACCGCCCUCACACGGCUCGAGCUGCCCUCUCCGCGCGAGCUGUCAGAUGAGCUUGUGCAGCAGUGGCUUGUCGACCACUUGAUCAAUUCGCCCACUCCCCGCUCUCACGCUGAGCACACAGAGACCUCGAGCUGGUCCAGAGCUUUCUGGAAGCGUAUCGUCGCCGACAUCGAGCUUGGUCUCUCACUAGCUGGCCCGGACCAGCAGCCAGAGUGCGAAAUCCACGAGGAGAUCCUCUUCAUCCUCGUCCGUCAUCUGCAGACUCAGCUAGCCUCGACAUGCUUGAGACGCUACUACUACGGCUCGCUCGAUCCUGACCCUGCCUGUUGGCCAAGCGUCACGCUUUUGGAGGACUCACGCAUCAUCAGUCAAGGUACCACCGGACUGCGCAGCUGGCAGGCCAGUAUACGCCUAGCGAAUCAUCUCCUUGCCAUGCCAUAUCUGCUGGGUCGCGCGACCGUCAUCGAACUGGGUAGCGGCACAGGUCUCCUGGCUUGCUUGUGCGCACAGCUCAAAAAUCAAGAUCCUAGUCUCGGCGAAAGCCCACUGAUCGUAACUGAUCUGGACGAGCAAGUCCUGCUACGACUGCAAGCCAAUGUAGACUUGAAUGACGUCGCAUCGAAUGUGUGCAUUCAGAAGCUGGACUGGUGCCAACCGGAGCUGCCACGGAUACUGCCGAACGCGCCAAAGCGACUCCUCAUACUAGGCGCUGACAUCGUAUAUGACCCCGCGCUUUGUCGACCGCUGGCCAAGUGUAUCCAUCAGCUACUCAGUCUCUCCAGUGUUGAGUCAGGCCAGGCGCUCAUUGCUUCAACUGUGCGCAACCCACAAACACUGCAAACCUUUCGCGACGCUCUUAGUGCGUGCCGGCUAGAAGUCCACGAACGAACAUAUCAUCAGCCUGGAAGCGACGCGGAGAUUGUUGGAGCAUGCGAUGAAGAGCAGAUUGGGGGAGCAAAGUCUAUAAUGCUCGAAAUUGUUGCCAGACAACAGCAUUAUGCAGUGCAAUCUACAUGA